AUGCCCUUUAAACAAAGAGCACAUGUAUCUUAGCAAUUAUAUUAACAAAGAUGACAUCCAUCAUCAAAUAUCAAAUUUCCAUCAUCGCAUUAUUCGUCAGGUGUGACAGUUUAAUCACCACAAAUAGUAAGGUAUUAUUUAUCACGUAAUUCAUAUCCAAUUUUGCAUUUUAGGCAUCCAUUUCCUUCAGAUAGGUCACAUUUAAGACAGGAUUCUCUGCAUUCACAUCUAUGUAAUCUUGA